AGAGUUACAAGUGGCUGCGGUCUGCAUCACAAACCGAGACGCAUGACCAAUGAGCUCGCUCUUGCGCACGUACACAGAUUUCAGUUGACAGCGAUCAUUGGUGUAUGUGCACGAGUUUAAAGCUCAGCAGCUCAGAUAAGUUGGUGGCCAGAGUGGAAACGGUCUAAGAUGAGCAAACAAGCUGGAACGCAGUGCGGAUGCUUAUUUUUCUGAGGAGACAAGCAGCGCUCCAUGCCAUUACGCACAAGUUCUUUAUUGAAUUACUGAGUAUAAUUUCCUGAGCAGGAGCAAUUAUGGCUAUGGUUAAUUCUUUGAUUAUUUUCACAAAGUUUCUACUUUAUUUGAAACUAACAUAUUGCAUGGAGGUAGAUUUCUGCAUACCUGUUCGUGUGGAUCAUCACAAACAUGAAAAACAUCUGCACCGGCGCGCGGAGCAGAUGACUGAAAGACUGAUAGUUUUUAGACUAAGUGCAUUCAAACAGGAACUUUACCUCCACCUUACACCGGAUUCCAGUUUUCUUGCACCGGGCAACUUGAGGCCUGAAAGCGGCUCCUCAGCAUCCAACGCCUCUGCAACCGCUGACUUACGGGAAUGCUUCUACUCCGGGGAUGUCAACGCAGAACCGGACUCCUACGCCGCGCUCAGCCUGUGUAAAGGUCUCCAGGGGGGGUUUUCCUAUAACGGCAUGGAGUAUUUCAUCAGCCUGGCCAGAACUGAAGACGCAGCAGCCAGGUUUGGAUACGGAAACUCUUUCGACAGAACGCAUGUCAUCCGCCGCCGGAGUCGCGCUACGCACUCAGGCGGCAACUUCACCAGCAGGUGUGGAGUUGCACCUGACACCAACUUUAACAUUUCCCUGGAGAAAUACAAGUACAUCAGUGAGCUGGCGAUUGAUGGCUUUACUGAAACAGUGUUGAAAAGCUUGGGGAGGUCCAAGAGGUUCGCCUCCAUCCCCAGGUUUGUUGAGGUGCUGGUGGUGGCAGAUGAAUCUAUGGCUACAUUUCAUGGGGAUGACCUAAAGCAUUACCUCCUGACCCUGAUGUCAGUAGCAGCCAGGCUUUACAAGCACCCUAGCAUUCUCAACUCCAUAAACAUAGUGGUGGUGGAUUUCAUGGUCAUAAAUGAAGCUGACAAGGGACCAAAGGUUUCCAGUAAUGCAGCCCUGACUCUGCGCAACUUCUGCACCUGGCAGAAGAAGUUGAAUAAACACAACGACAAGCACCCAGAAUACUGGGACACUGCCAUACUGUUCACCAAACAGGAUCUUUGCGGGGCCACAACCUGUGAUACACUGGGUAUGGCUGACGUUGGAACCAUGUGUGACCCGAAGAGGAGCUGCUCCGUCAUUGAAGAUGAUGGCUUGCCCUCCGCUUUCACAGCUGCCCACGAACUUGGCCACGUCUUCAACAUGCCUCACGACAAUGUGAAGGCGUGUGAGGAGGUAUUUGGGAAACUAAAGGACAACCACAUGAUGUCUCCCACACUGAUUCAGAUUGACAGGACCAGGCCCUGGUCUGUGUGCAGCGCAGCCAUCAUUACUGAGUUCCUGGACAGAGGUCAUGGAGACUGUUUGUUGGACCAACCUCAAAGGCAGCUGUCGCUCUCAGACAACCUGCCUGGUUCCAGCUACGGCCUGCACCGCCAGUGUGAGCUUGCUUUCGGCCCCGGAUCGAAGCCCUGCCCGUACAUGCAGCCCUGCUCCAAGCUGUGGUGCACCGGGAAGGCCCGCGGCCAGUUGGUCUGCCAAACCCGACACUUCCCCUGGGCGGACGGCACCAGCUGUGGCAACGGCAAGGUCUGCUACCGAGGAGCCUGCACUGAUAAGAACAACACCAUGCACAUCAAGGUGGAUGGCCGAUGGGGGAAGUGGGGAGCAUAUGGAGAUUGUUCCAGAAGUUGUAACGGAGGAGUUCAGCUGGCAAAGAGGGAGUGUGACAACCCUGUUCCUGAGAAUGGAGGCAAAUACUGCUAUGGCCUUCGCAUCAAAUAUCGCUCAUGUAACUUCAACCCUUGUCCUGAAACAGGUAAGAGUUUCCGCGAGGAGCAGUGUGAGGCGUUUAAUGGCUUAAACCUGAACACCAACAGACUAGGUUCCUCUGUGGUUUGGGUUCCUAAAUAUUCAGGCAUCUCUCCCAAAGACAAAUGCAAGCUUAUCUGCCGCGCCAACGGGACUGGGUACUUUUAUGUCCUCACUCCAAAGGUUGUGGAUGGGACUCCGUGCUCUCCUGACACCUCGGCUGUAUGUGUUCAAGGAAAAUGCAUCAAGGCAGGUUGCGAUGGCAAGCUGGACUCUAACCGUAAAUUUGACAAGUGCGGCGUGUGUGGAGGCGACAACCAGGGCUGCAAGAAGGUCUCAGGAAUGUUCACCAAACCUAUUCAUGGCUACAACUUUGUGGUGAUGCUGCCUGUUGGAGCUUCCAACAUUGACGUCCGUCAGCGUGGCUACCGAGGAAUGGUCAGCGAUGAAAACUACUUGGCAGUGAAGAAUCGGCACGACAAGUACUUGCUGAACGGCAACUAUGUGGUGUCAGCCGCGGAGCGCGACUUGCUAGUGAAGGGCAGCUUACUGCGCUACAGCGGCACCUCCACAUCCGUGGAGAUUCUUCAGGCCACCAGACCCCUGCAGGAACCUCUGACUGUGGAGGUGCUCUCGGUAGGGAGGAUGACCCCUCCCAGGGUGCGCUACUCCUUUUACAUCACCAAGGAGAGCAAGGAGCAGAAGACUCUGCGGAAAGAGGAGAAAAGCCACACCGCGCUUAAUAGUGUCUUGGCGGACAGUAAUAGGGUAGAAGCUAAGACUCAGAUGAUGGGUAAGAGGCCGGUCAGUCACUGGGUGACAGGAAGUUGGGAUUCAUGCACAGUGACUUGUGGGAAUGGUCUGCAGAAGAGGCUGGUGCAGUGCCAGAGCAUGGAGGGGCGUCCUGCAGUGGACUGUGACAGUGCUGACAGGCCUGUAGCAGUGAGAGCAUGUGGUGAUCCAUGUCCCGUGUGGGAUGUAGGGGCCUGGUCUCACUGCUCCAAGUCCUGUGGAAGGGGCUUUAAAAGGCGGCCAGUGCGCUGCAUGACCGACAAUGGUCUACAUCUACCCAGAGACCACUGCUCUGGAAGGAGGAAGCCUCAGGAACUGGACCUCUGUAAUCUGAAGCCAUGUUAAAGCAGAAGAGACACAACCAAAGUGACGAUUUGCCCACAUCAACAUGAUAAUGAUCCCAUGGCUGUGUUGUGUGGAAAUACGCUCAAAUGCAGCCUGACUGUGUCUGAAGGGGCGUCUGCUACACUGAAGAAAGCCAAUGGAGACACAGAGGAUCUCCCUCUUUUGUAUGAAAAGACAGAUAUCAGUUUAGAUAAGAGAAAAUAAUGAAAGCUGUCUUCUUGUAAAUUGUCAAACCAUCUACCUUAGGUUUGACUUGUGGUUAGUCUACCUCUACCAGGAAAGAUGACACAAUGCAUGAGCAUUACGGAGAGUACCAGAGGAGAAAGAUGCAGAGACACACACAUCUGCACAUAAACAUAAUUUCUUGGUAAAGUCACCUGCGUGGGAUGACACUUUAAAAGCAGAGAGAAGUCCAGACAGACAGUCAAAGCAUGGUGAGGUAUAACCUCAGCACUCACACUGUGCGUCACCACAAGCAAAUAUCUCACCUGUGAAGUGACAUUGUUCCGUUUUCACUGAAGAACUACCGUAAUCAAAAUGUGAAAGACAGUACUGUAACAUUCAUGACCUGAUUGGUCUAUGCAGUUUCUGCAUCUUUUUUGUAAUUUGUCUCGAUUCAGUGCAUUGGCUGUUGUCUGAUGUAGAACAAUCAAAGCUAGCAGCCAAUCACACCACCAGUCAGAGUCAGAUCAUAUAUUUACAAGCUUUAUAUCCUUACAAGAUGAAAAACAGACAACAUAUUACACACCUGAUACAAUCCUUAUGAAUUUGAUAAAUAUCAAAGAACUCCUCAAUUUCACUUGUGGCCAAAAAAGUAAAUAUAUUUUGUAUAAGAGGAAAAUAAGUUUAGAGCUAAGAUGUUAGCAUAUUAUAUUCAGUGAAUGUAGGCUUUGUAUGGUGCAAUCAUCAGUCUGUGUCCUUUUUGUGUAAACUAAACUGAGCAAUGCUCCUGUUUGUUCUGUUGCCAAAGAAUUAUAACCUUUCAAAAAGCCUUAGUACUUUGAGACACGUUUAUGAUGGAUUUUCUUUUGUCUGCUAUAACAUAUACAGUAUAUAUAUAUAUAAAUAGCAGAUAUUUCCUUUGAGAAAAAACUAAAACCAAAAGGGACAAAUGAAUAGCCUAUCAAUUAUUUUUAGUUUUGCAUUGAUUCAAUGGAAUCCUGUUUAGAAUCCAAUAUGGAGACAGUUUGAUAGUUAAAUCUUGCUUAAAGCAUUAAUGUCUGUGUUCAAUCAUGGGCAUGGCAGAUGGUCACACUGAGCCAGACAGCAACCUGUUACACAACACAAGAUCUUCAGAUUCUGAUCAACAACUACAGUACAUUAGCUGUCCUGCUAAAGUCUCCUUCUUAUCAAACUUACAGGAACAGGAACACACGUCUUGUCCUGCACCUUUGCUUAUUGAACAAGCCACAAAAUAAACAUUCUUGGGGGAAAAGAGCACUGCUGACGUCAGUGUGCGCAGACUAGAUAGCUAAUUAACUGCUCAGCACAUGUGAAGGUACCAAUGCCACCCGGGACCACUUAAAUGCUGCUGGGCUCCUUACGGUUCAAUACCACUAACAACACACUGUCUGCUUGUUACAUGAAGACUACAGGACUACAAGUUUGUUUACUUUGUCUCGCGUUCCUUAUGGAGUGUCUCGCUUUGCCAGACCUUCCUAACACCGUAAGCCGUCGUAGCACUCUGGAUGUCAUCUUGGGUUCUAGGAAAUUGUGAUGGACAUUUCUUAUGUAGUAUUUCCUAAGACUUUAUAGAGGUUGCUGUCAGUUUUGAAGAAGGUAUUGAUCUUUUCUCAAACUGUAGCUCUUGCAUAUACCACUUCUCUACUGAGUAUAUGUUCACUAUGUUGUAUUCCUUGCAGUAAUUGAUUAGAUUAGCAAUAAUUAUAAUAAAAAUAAUAAUAGUGGUUUAUUCAUAGAGUCCUUUUCUAGUAAAACGCCAAGUGCUUUCCAAGACCUAAGCUGCAACAGUGUAAAAUCAGCAACAUAAUACAUAGCAGUAGUAGAAAAUAC